AUGUGCCGGCUCCUGAACUUCCUGCUGGCUCUGCUGAGCCGCUUCCUGUUCGCGUUGCACGGGGCGGUGACGGUGUGGCGCGUGGUGGCCGUUAAAGAGGAGCCCCUCUAUUGGCUGCUGCUGACGGGCGUCGCUCUGCUGGGCGUGGAAAUGGCCGUCACUCUGAAGUGCACCCGAAACGCAGAGUGGAAAUGGUUCUCCCCCAUGGUUUUCCUCUACCUCAGUACUGUCAUCCCGUCCAUUUGGUUCCUGGAGCUGAGCCUGCUGCAGUCCAAGCUGCCUGUCAACAAUUCCUCAGGCCCCGAGCUUCAUUUGCUGGCUCGCAUCCCGAUCACAGAGGCCAUCGUGGAGCUGGACCCGGAGAACUGGGUAGCUGGCCUGGAGCAGACAAUGCUCAUAGUGUUGGUUCUGGGACGCUGGCUGAUGCCCAAGGGGGACAUGUCCCGUGACCAGCUCUCCCAGCUCCUCAUGGUCUAUGUGGGACUGGGCGCCGACAUCCUGGACAUCUUUGACACCUUCAAAGAACCCGAGGUCAAAACCAACCAAACCGUUGUCUACAUGGGCCUGGGCCUCUUCUCUUGGGCGCUCAUGCAGUUCCCUCUGGUGCUGACCCAGACACAACUCCCAGAGGCUGAGCCUCCGCAGAAGAGUGCGGCUGACCUCACCGGCCGCCCCGCGGCUCCGCUGUCGCCUGCCUCCUGCUGCUCCAGCGAAGUGUGGAGCCUGCUGCUCACCGUGGGACUCCAAGAUGGCCCGUUUCUGGUUUACCGGCUCUACCUCAUGGUGCGAGAGCAGGUGCUCAACCAGCUCAUGAUCUUCUUCACCUGCAAGAACAUCCUCAUCGUCCUCUUGGAGCUUUACAGGAUCUUUGUGGUGCAGUGCGCGCAGCGGAUGACAGGUGCUUUUGAGAUCCGCUGCUCCGCAGCCCAUAAAAACGGGAGGCUCUUUUUCGAGAGCCCACGAGGACCCAGAGACAUUCAAGCCGAGGCUCUGGGCUCCUGA